AUGAUUCGAGGUGCAUAUGAUUUGCUUGUGAUCACUUUGAUGGUGCUUUUGAAGCUUUCUGAAGAAACUCAUCUCAAGAAAGCAAGCCUUGCUUCCAGUUUUAUUGUUAAACAGUAUUUUCCUGCAAGUAUUGAGUUUCCUAAGUACUAUUCUGGUGUUUAUCUCACUGAAAAUCAGAAGAUGUCGACUAUUCGUUCACAUGAAGAUCAUCAAUUGUGGGAUAUAUUUUCCUUUAAGCUCGACCACAAGAGAAAUAGGUUUCAACAAUUUUGGCGCCUUGGUCUAAACAGCAGAAUGAAGAAGUGGUACGGUGGUGUUCUGGUUGCAUCCUUGUUCAUGUUACUGAUCCUUAGAUAUGGUCUCCUGAGAAGUCCAAUUGGUGGAAGUUUUCUGUUGAGUCCCUUCUCUAAUGCAAGUAAGCCUCUUGAAUGGGUGCAUCCUACUCUUCCACCUGCAGUUCAAAAUCCAGAGAAUUCUUCUCAAGUUUUUUCUACAGAUACCAUAGUCUCCAGUCUGUUUGCUCAGAGAAAUAUUUCCAAUGAAGAGCAAAUAUCUCUGCAGACAUGGAAUCUACUGAAACAUUUGAUUGAUCAUGCUCAGGGUUUACCGAAUGGAGUAGAAGCUAUUAAGGAAGCUGGAAAUGCAUGGCGCAGCCUAAUGGCUUCAGUUGAAGAGGAAAGACUUGCUUAUACAAAUGAAAGCUCAAAUAGGAAAGUGAAAGAGAAACAAUGUCGUCAUUUUCUAAACAAAAUGAAUGCAACAGAGCUUGAUGAUAAUAGUGGCUAUAAAUUGCGGCUUCCUUGUGGCCUGACUCAGGGUUCUUCCAUCACAAUCAUCGGCAUUCCAGAUGGUAUUCUUGGCAAUUUUCGGAUUGACUUAACUGGGGAAGCACUUCCGGGGGAGCCUGAUCCACCCAUCAUUUUACAUUACAAUGUUAGGCUUCAUGGUGAUAAGAUUACGGAGGAUCCAGUAAUAGUCCAAAACACCUGGACUGUGGCUCAUGACUGGGGUGAAGAGGAACGAUGUCCUUCUCCAUCUCCUGAAAAGAAUAAGAAAGUGGAUGAGUUGGAUCAAUGUAAUAAGAUGGUGGGCAUAAAUGAUACUCGGGUGACUAGCAUGCAUUCUGAUGAUUCAAGAAGAUCUUCGCUUCAGGAAGGAACUAAAGCAAGACGAUAUUUUCCUUUUAAGCAAGGUCAGCUAUCUGUUGCAACGCUUAGAGUGGGAAUGGAAGGAAUCCAGACCACUGUUGAUGGAAAGCACAUAACGUCUUUUGCAUACCAUGAAACUUUGGAGCCAUGGCUAGUUAGUGAAGUUCGGAUUUCUGGGGACCUAAAGCUAAUUUCAGUUGUGGCUAGUGGUCUACCUACAUCAGAGGAUUCGGAGCAUGCAAUUGAUCUAGAAGUACUCAAAUCAAUACCUCUCUCUCCAGAAAGAUCACUGGAUCUCUUUAUUGGUGUUUUUUCUACGGCAAACAAUUUUAAGCGCAGGAUGGCUGUUCGAAGAACAUGGAUGCAGUAUGCUGCAGUGCGAUCAGGGGCAGUUGCAGUGCGCUUUUUUGUUGGUCUGCAUAAAAAUCAAAUAGUAAAUGAGGAACUCUGGAAUGAAGCACGAACAUAUGGAGACGUACAGUUGAUGCCAUUUGUUGACUACUACAACCUCAUCACCUAUAAAACUUUAGCUAUCUGCAUCUUUGGGACAGAGGUUGCAUCUGCUAAGUAUGUCAUGAAGACAGAUGAUGAUGCGUUUGUUCGCGUGGAUGAAGUGUUAGCUUCUUUAAAUAGGAUCAAAGUGAGUCAUGGGUUGCUCUAUGGACUAAUCAAUUCAGACUCUCGGCCUCAUAGGAGUACUGAAAGCAAGUGGUACAUUAGCCCUGAGGAAUGGUCUGAAGGAACAUAUCCCCCUGGGCGCAUGGUCCUGGUUAUGUGGUGUCACGUGACAUUGCCAAAGCAGUUUACAAGAGAUACAAAGAAGAUGUUUAAGCUAGAAGAUGUAGCAAUGGGUAUCUGGAUUGCUGAAAUGAAAAAGGAGGGUUUAGAAGUUAAAUAUGAGAUGGAAGUUAGGGUCCAUAAUGAAGGGUGCAAGGAUGGCUAUGUUGUUGCGCACUACCAAGGUCCUAGGGAAAUGAUUUGUCUAUGGCAGAAACUUCAGGAAGGAAAGGGUGCUAGAUGCUGCAGUGAUUGA